AUGAAAUACACAAUUGUCUCCAGGUUCGUCCAACGUGACCAGAAGUCAACGAGGGACUGGACUGAUCUUCCUCUUUUACCAUCCAUUGCUGAUCGUUUAGCCUUAAUCGAGCUUAUCAGAUUCCGAGCCGUCUGCAAGGACUGGCGCGCGGCCUCAUCCGACACCUUGGACAAGGUCGAAGCCAUACUGGAUACAGAGCCGUGGUUCAUAUUAUACGGUGAUGAUAAUUCUACAUGCUCAUUGGUUACUGAAAAUUCCACUAAAAAAUACACCAUUGAUGUCCCGGAACUGAACGGAACAAUCUGCCUAGCAUCGAGCCAAGGGUGGCUCCUACUAUUCUGCGAAGGUUUGGUGUUCUUCCUUUGCGUUUUGUCCCGUGCCAAAGUCGACAUUCCGGCGACGUUCCCCCACUCGGAAAUCUCCAACCACAUAGCGUUCUUUUCGGCUCCGCCGACAUCGAACAACUGCAUCGUGGGCGUCCUCAGACAAACCGAAACCGAAACUGAAUUGUACAUGAUACGUCGCGGAGCCACCACUUGGACCAAGCACAAACUGGCUCCUUUGAUCCGUAGGAACAUAAAACACGUCUCUUACCAUGAAGGGGAGAUUUACUUCAUCGACGACCGGUAUUUGAUGGUGUUUCUCGAGAUUGAGAAUUCGAGGUUCUACCACUGGAGAGUAAAUUAUAGUGACUCGGAGAUGGGUUCAAGGUUCAGGCGGGAGGGUGAGAAGAAGUUGACGGAACUAUUGGCAUUGGAUGAUAUGUCUCAAGUCUCAAUUUGUGGGACGUAUGUACCUUUUGACAAUUUUCGUUGGAACAAGACGGUGCGCUAUCAAAACAGCAGGGUUUGCAAGAAACAAGGCGCAUGGUUUCAGCCCAGGUUCCAUCAGAUUACCCAAAAGCAAAGCUGGUGA